AUGGCGUCGACAGUUCAUACCAAUCCGCCGUGCGUGAUGCUCCGGGUGGAUAGGGAUAAAGUAAAGGACCCGCAGGGAAAUGUCGUUAUUCUCAAGGGUGCCGGCCUGGGUGGCUUCCUGAACAUGGAGAACUUCAUUACGGGAUAUGCUGGCCACGAGCAUGAGCACCGAGAGCAACUGGCCGAAAUGUUGGGCGAGGCGGAUGCCCAAUUCUUCUUUGACCGAUUCCUUCACCAUUUCUUCACAGACGCCGAUGCGCAGUACUUCCAGUCGUUGGGGCUGAACUGUAUUCGGAUCCCAAUCAACUACCGCCACUUUAUGGAUGAUAUGAACCCCGACGUGAUCAAGGAGGAAGGAUUCCGGUUGGUGGAUCGAUGCGUGGAGAUUUGCGCUCGGCACAAUCUCUAUGUCAUUCUUGAUCUUCACGCUGCCCCUGGAGGCCAGAAUCAAGAUUGGCACAGCGACUCGGGCAUCGCUCGAGCCCAAUUCUGGGAGUUCAAGGAUCACCAAGACCGCGCGAUCCAAUUGUGGGAAGCACUGGCCAAACACUACGUGGGGAACCCCGUCAUUGCGGGAUACAACCCGCUGAAUGAGCCUGCAGACCCUCACAAGACUGCAUCUGGGUUCUACGGCGCUCGUCUGAUCGAGUGGUACGCUCGUGCCGAGAAGGCCAUCCGUGCUAUAGAUCCCGACCACAUCCUCUGGGUCGACGGGAACACAUACUCGAUGGACUUCAGAGCAUUCCCAGAGGAGCCGCUGCCGAAUACCGUUUACGCCUGCCAUGAUUAUAGCAUGAUGGGGUUCCCAUUCGGCGAACAAUACGAAGGAACACAAGAGCAAAAAGACAAGCUCCGCGCCAGCUUUGAGCGCAAAGUCGAAUUCAUGAGGCAAAAGAACGUACCCAUCUGGAAUGGGGAAUUUGGUCCCGUGUACCAAGAUGAGCGGAAGGAAGGGGACAGUGCGAGGGAGACAAACAAAAAGCGGUUUGCUCUUCUCGAGGAACAACUCGCAAUUUACCGCGAAACCGGUGUUCACUGGUCCAUCUGGCUCUACAAAGACAUUGGCUAUCAGGCCAUGACGUAUGUAGACCCCGAGUCUCCGUACAUGAAGCUCAUCCAGUCAUUCGUGGACAAGAAGAAGAGUCUUGGUCUCGAUUUCUGGGGUGUUGCAAACAAAGACCAGGUCCAGCCGAUCUACGGGCCAUUCUUGGAGUCGCUCAAAUCCAUGGUCGACCCCAAGUUUCACAACGCCCGAUAUCCCAAGAUAUGGACGUUUGAGAGGCAUUUCGAGCGCGUCAUCCGAGAAUGCCUUCUAAGCGAAUAUGUCAGUCGCGAGCUUGCCGAACUCUUCCGCGGGAAGACCAGAGACGAGCUCGAGGAGCUGGCAGCAAGUUUUGCUCUAGACAAUUGUAAAAUGCGGGACGAGCUGAAUGAAAUACUUAGAAGGGAUGCUGGAAGAAGUUAA